UGUUGACUUUUAAUUUACCUGUCAAAAUAUCAAAAUAAUUUGACAUAACAAUUUUCUAAUUUCUUAUUUUGCCAAAUAUAUAUAUAUUACAUUAUUGACAAAUAACCUUGGAAUGAUUUUGAAAAUCAUUCCAGAAACUUUUCUUCUUAUUCUCGAUUCAUAGUAAUUAUAUGAAUCGUUUUGAUGAUUGUAAAAAUUUAUUAAAAUUUAGAAAACCAUACAUCGGAAUGAACGGAGGAAUAGAAACUGAGGAUCAACAGCGAAUACGUUUUCAAGUAGAAUUGGAAUUCGUUCAAUGUCUUGCGAAUCCAAACUACUUGAAUUUUUUAGCACAACGUAAUCACUUUAAGGAUCCAAAUUUCAUAAAUUAUUUGAAAUAUCUUUUAUAUUGGAAGGAGCCUGAAUAUGCGAAAUAUUUAAAAUAUCCAAUGUGUUUAUAUUUCCUCGAUUUAUUGCAACACGAACAUUUUCGACGCGAAGUCGUCAAUGCACAAUGUACAAAAUUCAUUGACGAUCAACAAAUUCUUUUGUGGCAACAUUAUACAAGACGUAGAACGAGAUUAUUACAAACUGCAGUUGAGCAAACACAAAAUGCUACACCACAAAAUAAUGGAAUCAUUCAAUCUAAGGUCUUGUAAGCUGUGAUAGGAAAUAAAAAAUUUUUUUUUUUCAUAUUUAACAAAA